GAGGACUCUGUGUACUCCGAGAAGUCCCUCAAUCGAAACAUCCACAGAGAACAUCAUAUCUCACUAUCUUCAACACCAUGGCGCUUGUUGAACGGCAUCGAACCGAGGCAUUUCUCUCAUUAGACCUUCCAUAUUCUCCGUGCAAUGAAGGCGUCUGGGAAUUUCCCAAGGCCAUUCAAAUCGCCUGGGGGGUUGUGAUCAAUGCCUACGAGCCCGUUGAUCGCGCUCGAUUCGGGCUGGUCUAUCUGGAUGUAUCAAAUCACAGUUCUUUCAAACCAAAACUGAGUGCGUGUACUUUGGCAAUAGAACGGGAUCUGCCAGUGUCCCAGUUCCAACGGGAGAUCUCGAUUUGUGAAGAGUCCGGCCUUGAAGAAAUGGACACAAUCAUUGUACAAAGUACAGAAUCAGGGACACCCUCACUGUUGGACCUGAAGGCACUUUCGCAAAAGGAGGGUGUUACAGAGAAUUUCCAAUUGGUCGUCCAGGUAGAGGCUGGUGGAUUUUCGACAUGCAUCUUGGCAGAUACGACGAAAAGACCAUAUUCAGAUGCUACACAGACUGUGAACAUGGCUAGAACGCUCCAUCAUAUCCUACCACAAGUGAUCAAGGAUCCUCACGCCCACCUGGGCGAAUUGGACAUUCUCACAGAGAAGGAGAAAGCCUGUCUGCGGAGCUGGAAUUCGGCGCUCCCUAUUUCUCCUAAAGCUUGUGUCCACGAUGCUAUCCUUGAAAAUUGCACGAACCACUCGAAUCGACCUGCUAUCAGCGCCUGGGAUGGGGACCUCACCUAUCAUGAUCUAUGUGAACUAUCGGCCAGCGUCGCAGCACAUCUACGGGCACUGGAUCUGUCCCCAGGGACAAUCAUACCCUUGUGUUUCGAAAAGUCCAAAUGGGCAAUUGUGGCAUUAUUGGGAACUCUUCGCAGUGGUGCAGCAUACGUUUUCAUUGAUCCGGACUCCCCCCACGCUCGCAAAGUUGCCAUCUGCGAGGACGUCAAUGCGCAGGUGAUGCUUUGCUCUCCUACCCAGUUGUCCAAGGCCGAGAAGCUAGUUUCGCAAGCUAUAACGGUCGAAAAAGUGAUUCAAGAUACUCUUGCCAUGACGGAUAUCGCAAAAGCUGCGCUCCCAUCAGUCAAAGUCGAAGACCCGGUAUAUGCCGUGUUUACUUCAGGCUCGACAGGCAGACCGAAAGGAGUUGUUAUUGAACACGGCGGUUUCUUCCAGCGGGCGAUGGCUAAUGGGCCUGAACUCUCACUAUCAUCUGAAACACGAGUCCUUCAAUUUGCCAGCUUUGUCUUCGAUGUGGCCAAUCGUGAUAUUUUGUAUACGCUAUUAUUUGGGGGCUGCAUUUGCAUUCCAUCCGAGUCGCAGCGUUCUAAUGAUCUUAUCGGUUUCAUCAAUGAGAAAGAGGUCAACUGGAUCAGCAUCACCCCAUCGGUUGCUAAGCUAAUGCAACCUUCUGCUAUUCCUACUGUUCGCCACAUGGUCUCGUGUGGAGAGCCCAUGAGUUCGACUAUGAUCGCAGAAUGGGCCGGCAGUCUCCAACUAAUUAAUGCCUACGGACCAUCAGAGGCUACGACUAUCAGUUCCAUCCAGACCAACUGCGCGGCCAAGACCUGCCCUACAAACAUCGGUAAGGGCUCUGGUAGCGUUCUUUGGAUUGUUGAUCCAGCAGAUCACAACCGUCUAGCUCCUAUCGGUGCGAUUGGUGAACUAGUGAUUGAGAGCCCCAGUGUGGGAAAGGGUUAUAUCAAUCGCCCCACGGAGACGAGGUCUUCCUUUUUAUCUACAACUAGCUGGCUUCCACUACUUCGCAGAGGAGACCAGGGAGUGCGUCUUUACAAGACUGGGGACUUGGUACAGUACGAUAAGGAUGGCAGCAUUCUGUUCCGAGGUCGCAAAGAUGCGCAAGUCAAGAUCCGUGGCCAGAGGGUUGAUCUUGGCGAAAUCGAGCACUGGAUUCAGAAGUGCAUAACCCCUCAAAUGGGACUGAAGACAGUUGUGGAGUUUAUUACCCCUCUCGGGCGUGAUACCGGCUUGUUGGUGGUCUUCCUCGCACCGAAUGACACCCAGGGCGGCCAUCUACAAGAGAUCCAGGCAAAUUUACGGUCUUUAACCUCUGGAAUGAACGAUGCAUUGUCUCAGAAUCUACCUGAUUAUAUGAUUCCAAGAGUCUAUUACCCAAUGGAGUCUAUCCCAAUGACCGCAACUGGCAAGACACAUCGACAAAGGCUGCGCCAAAUAGGCGAAUCUUUGACCAUCGAAGAACUCAUGUCUCCGUUGCAGAUCCCUCAUACAACUGAAGCUCUUUCGAGAACCUUGAAAGGCCCAAUCGGUCAAAUGACGUUGAGUCUGUGGGCUUCUGCGCUUGGGCUCAACCCUUCUUCUAUCAGAUCCCACGAUAGUUUCCUCGGCCUCGGAGGAGACUCGAUUAUGGCAAUUCGCGUGGCAACCCAAGCUCGAUCAGAGGGCCUCGAUCUGUCAGUCGCGGAUCUGAUGGAGCACAAGACGCUGGGCGAUCUAGUGGACGGCCUACUGGAAAGACCAAAGAUAUGCCACACGGCCAUGCACGCCGAACCAUUCUCACUCAUUGACCCCGCAACGUCAUCACAAAUUCUGAAGGAAAACCCCGAAAACAUCAUCGACAUUCUGCCCACGACCGAAGCACAGAACUUCUUCCUGACGCAGUGGACGGUCAGCUGCUAUACUUGCAUGCUGCAAGGGGAGAUUGAUGUCAGUCGGCUGCAGGCUGCCUGUAGGGCAGUAGUCGCAAGGCAUAGCAUUCUCCGCACUUUCUUCACUCAAUUAGGGUCUCGCUUCAUGCAGGUGGUGAUGAAGUCUUUUGAUCCUCCAUUUGAUCAGUACACGUCCGAGAACGACUUGGAAACUGCCUGUCCAGUUACGGUAGAGAAGAUCAUUGCUGAAUCGGCCCCCAUCUCCACGCGACCGAUUGUUGGCUUCACCCUACUCUCUGAAGAUUCUCAUAGACAUGCCUUGCUUGUCCGUGUGUCGCACUCUCAGUACGAUGGAAAUACCUCUCCCAUCUUCUUCCGGGAUAUCUCUGCGGCGUACAAUAAUGUCCAAAGUGAAACUCCCCUUUCUGCGGCAACCCCGUUCAGUCAUUAUCUUUACGCCCGCUCCACGAUCCCAUCUGACAAGGUCUUUGAUUUCUGGCGAAGAAACUUUCAAGGCGCAUCUAUGACUGUGCUUGACCCUUCUAUGCUCAACGGCGGCGAGUCGUCUCCCAAAGCGCGGAUCAUUGCACCAGCGUCUGGGCCCCUUCCAAAUUCGUUGGAUGAACUCACCGUACCAACGUUGAUCAAUGCAGCAAUCAGUCUUCUCCUCGCGAAUCUCGUCAAGCGUGACGACGUCAUUUUUGGAACGGUCAUGGACACUCGGACGUUGGGCUUUCCUGGAAUCGAGACCACUCUCGGACCAUGCAUCAAUAUCAACCCACUUCGUGCCCAAUUCGAUCGGAGCAUGACAUUCAGGGAACUCUGCCACUCUCUCCAAUCUCAAUAUGCCAAAGUGACAAGGUAUGCCUACUGCGAUUUGCCAAACAUCGUUGCCAACUGCACCGAUUGGGACUCAGAUACCAAAUUGGGUUGCAUUGUGAAUCACCUUCGCCCUGAGGAGGGCCCAGCACCACUGUCUCUAGAUGGUACACAAUGUACAUUCUUCAAAAAGACCGCCUACAUCACCUUGUCCCAGCAAGUGCUUUUCCGUUGUAUUACAGGGAAGGACAGGUUGGAUAUCCAGGUUCUUACGUCAAGUACGAUGAUGAACAGUGCAAUGGCUCAAUCUCUUGCUGAGAAGAUAGUCACUGGUGUUCGCUUACUUUCCAGCUCUCCUGACAUCCCCAUUGAAAUGCUUUCCAUCUAGGUAUGUAGAAUGAUUAUCUAAAAGUCUGUGCUACUCGGUUG